AUGAGUACGGUUUUACCAAUUAAGAAGACUGUCGUCAUCAUCGGUGCGGGGAUCGCAGGGCUCAAAUCUGCAUCUACAUUGCACCAAAACGGCGUUCAAAAUUGUGUCAUUCUCGAAGCCAGAGAUAGAAUAGGUGGCAGACUACAUACCGUUACAGGCUACCAAGGACGGAAAUAUGAUAUAGGUGCUAGCUGGCACCACGACACAUUGACAAAUCCUUUAUUUUUAGAAGAAGCUCAACUAACUUCUAGAGACGGGAAGCAGAGGUUUGUUUUCGAUGACGACAACUUCAUUUAUAUCGACGAAGAACGUGGAAGAGUUGAUCAUGAUGAAAAACUGCUAUUGGAGAUUGUGGACAAUGAAAUGAGUAAAUUCGCAGAAUUGGAAUUUCACCAACAACUAGACGUUCCAGACUGCUCCUUUUUUCAAUUGGUGAUGAAAUACUUAGUCCAAAGACGCCAAUUUCUUACUAAUGAUCAAAUUAGGUAUUUUCCGCAACUAUGUCGAUAUUUGGAAUUGUGGCAUGGAUUAGACUGGAAACUUUUAAGUGCAAAGGAUACAUACUUCGGUCAUCAAGGAAGAAACGCCUUUGCUUUAAAUUAUGACUCUGUGGUUAAACGAAUUGGUGAAAGCUUUCCUCAAGAAUGGAUGAGGUUGAAUUGUGAAGUCAAUUCGAUUAAGCGCGAACCUUCAGGAAAUGUGACAGUGACCUGUGGUAAUGGCACCGUAUACCAUACUGACUACGUUAUUGUCACUAUUCCUCAAAGCGUAUUGAACUUAUCCAUAAAGCCCGAUAAGGAUCUUCAAGGGAGAAUAGAAUUCCAGCCUGCGUUGAAACCAGUGAUUCAAGAAGCUUUCGAAAAAAUUCACUUUGGUGCUCUCGGUAAAGUUGUUUUUGAGUUUGAAGAAUGUUGUUGGUCGAAGGAAAGUUCCAAAAUUGCGACUUUGGCCAACUCAUCUGAUGACUUUGUCAAACAAGUUCGUGAUGCCAAAGAUUUGGAUGACUUGAAUUCUAUGCUAGAAAAAAAUGCCCUGAAAGGACACACAAAUGUUAGCUGUUGGGAUCAACCUUUGCUUUUUGUAAAUCUGUCAAAAACUACAGGGGUAGCAAGUUUUAUGAUGCUGAUGCAAGCGCCGCUAUCUAAUUAUAUAGAAUCCAUCAGAGAUGAUAAAGAGUCCAUUUUUAAAUUCUUCCAACCCGUUUUAAACAAGAUCAUGAAAUGUCUAAAUUCUGUAGACGUUAUUAAUGGCAUGAAUUCAGCUGAAAAGCAUAUUGAUAAACCAACUCUGAAAAAUAUUAUUGUCAGUAAUUGGACACGCGAGCCUUACUCCCGUGGUGCUUAUUCAGCCUGUUUUCCAGGGGAUGAUCCUGUUGAUAUGGUCGUUGCUAUGUCUAAUGGUCAAGAUUCUCGUAUAAGAUUUGCAGGCGAACACACUGUUAUGGAUGGUGCCGGGUGUGCUUAUGGUGCCUGGGAAAGUGGUAAGCGAGAGGCAAAUCACAUCUCUAAUUUGAUGUAG